AUGGCCGACGCAAUGGACGACAAUGAGCUAAUGAGGGCCACCAACGCUUGCGAUGUCACUCUCGUGUGGAAAGCUGGAUUCGAGCAUGUCUCGCAAUAUGGCAUUUCAAUGAAGUCCGCCAUUUUUGGCAACGAGCGGUUUAAGCCCCGGCAUGUUGUCCGUGUCCCCGAAGAAGCCGCGAGCACGAGUCAAGGCGCUUUCGACUAUGUGAUCCUUUGUAUAAAAGCACUUCCCGACGUAUACGACAUUGCCGGCGUCAUCGAAUCCGUCGUUACACCUCAACACACCUGUAUCCUAGUUAAUACCACUCACGCCCUUGGAGUCGAGGCCACUCUCGAGGAACGUUUCCCCACUAAUGUAGUAUUAUCUCUGGUCUCUGGCGCCGAGGUUGCGCAGCUUGGACAGAGCGAGUUCGAGCACCGAGGCUCCACCGAGAUCUGGGUCGGCCCUGCGAACAAGAACGAUCAGAUUCCUCAAUCGAUACAAGAAGAUAUGGCACAGGCGUUAGCUAUGACCUUAAGCACUGGCCAGGUCGACUGUAAAGUAUCGCACAAUAUCCGCCAACAGCAAUACGAAAGGCUCAUUGGUCCUAUUACCUUCCAUCCCAUCAGCGUCAUCUUCGAGACACCAAACCAUGCCGCUUUGCUCGAAAAAGUCGGUGUUAAGGAUUUAGUAUCAGACGUUAUGGACGAGUUGAUUCUCUUAGCACAAGCCCAGAAAUGCAACCUACCGGCUGAUUUCAAGCAGAAGGCGAUAGAUGAGAUGACCAAGGGCCCAAACCACGACAGUAUCAUGUGGCAGGACUAUGUUGCGAGACGUCCUAUGGAAGUCGAGACUUUCCUUGGUGCCCCCGUGAAGCUGGCCAAGGAAUUGGGCAUUUCGGUACCCCGCAUCGAGACCCUUUAUACCAUCCUACAUAACCUCAACAUCGUUAACCGCCAACGCCCUCAGGGCCCUGCGGCGGGCCCUGUCUCCCCGAACCCCAUUACCUCGCCGGUCCCCCGAGCCCCUUCUCAAAACGGAUUCCGCCCCAUGAUGAACGGCAUGCCCAACGGCAACGGACCUCGAGGUCGUCCGAGAAACCCCAAUAUGGGGCCGCCCAUGCGAAGAGGCCCUCCGAUAUCUAUGCCCGGUGGUCCCAACGGUUUCCGACCGUCCAUGAAUGGUGCUCCCAAUGGCUACGGCGGCCCGCCCUCUCGAGCUGCUUCGCGAAGGGGUUCGAUGGAAGGAGCGGACCUGGAGGACUUUUCCCACCUAGUGCUUUAUGAUGACAUUCCAGAGGGAGGUCAGUCUGGAUAUGGCGGUGACCACUCAGAUCUAGCUCUUCGUGAGAGGGAAUUACAGCUGCGUCAGCGUGAGCUAGCACUUCGUGAGCAGGAGAUGCGGAUGAGGCGAGGCCCUCCUCCCCGCCGAGGCCCCGGACCCAUGCGGAGCAGCGCGCAGAUGUUCGACGACGACGAUGACGACGACGACUACGUCGACCCCAUGGCGGUGCCUGUUCAGCCCCUCGUCGAUCCGGACAAUUUCGACAUGAUGAGCGUCACCUCACGAAAGAACCGAAAAACGGCACCCACGGCCCGCGACAUUCGGAAGAACCCAGAGAUGGACAACGGACCUCCCUCUCGAGGCAGCAGGUUCCGACCAAGCUUCGGACGCAAUCGGUCGAGCCAGAUGUCCAGCAUUCCCAGCGUGAAUGAUAACAUCCUCGAUGACCCUCUGAUGGGAUGCUCAUCGAAUCGAUACGGCACCGUUGAUCGCGGCGCGAUACAGGCCGAGUCUCGCGCCAACUCUCUGACUGCGUCGAGGUUAGACGAGCUUCAGUACGGCCAAGGUCCGAUGGGAGGUCCUAUGGGUGGCCCCAUGGGGAUGAACGGUGGCUACCCCAGACGGACAAGCCAGUCCCCUAGCCAUCCCUAUAGCCCAUCUAUCAGGGGAAUGAACGGCCGGCCCUCACCUCCGAACGGAUACGGCGGCCGGCGAGGGUCCCCCCCGGAAGGAGUCCAACAACCCGUCCCUAUGUAUCCUCCCGGACAAGGGAAUUCGGUAGCUCCGCAGCAGGUUGAACAGCAUGCAGGGGUGAGCUCCCUUUAUCCACCGCAGUCGAAGAACACGCGAAGUCUGACAGGUAGUGCGAGCGCUAGCGCGGGCAGUGGUGAUUCCCAGCAAUCACUAAGCAGUAGUAGCCACAGCAGUUUGAGCCAACGACCUCCAAUUGGCGUACGCUAG